AUGACAUAUACUUCAAUCACCAUUAUUGUCUGCCCGUACCAUGUCGGCGCUUAUGACCAUCGCGUCGGGGGCGGUCCUCUUCGCAUCCUCUCCCACGGCAUCGAGCGGGAUUUAAGCAAACUAGCCCCCGUCUCAUUUAUCAAUAUCGGCCCUGUCGAUGAGUUCGAAGGUGAAAUCGGCAAGACCUUUGAGAUCAUUCGCCGUGUCUCCAACGCCGUCGCUACAGCCGUCAAGAACAACUCAUUCCCUCUUGUUCUAUCCGGGAACUGUUAUGGAAGCACUGGAACCUUGGCUGGACUCAACCAACAUAGCUCUGGAGGUUCUCGGCCUGGAGCCCUGUGGCUAGAUGCUCACGAUGAUCUCGACAACCCCUCGAUUCACGAGAAUGGUUAUCUGGAUGCUAUGUCUGCCUCGAUGAUGACUGGUUCGAGCUGGCAUACGUUGAUGAAGAGCGUUCCUGGCCACGAGCCCCUAGAUGUUAAGAAGGUCAUAUGGUGCGGACUGCGAGAUUGUUCUGAGCUGCAAAUCAAGGGGAUCAAGGAGGCAGGAGUCGAUGUAGUUUGGGGCAAGGCCGAUGAAAAGGUUGAUUUUACUGCUGGUCUUGCUGCUGUCCUUGAUCGACGAGAUGAUAUCAAGGAUGCCCAUAUCCAUCUCGAUUUGGAUGUCCUCGACCAGUCGCUGGGCCGUGUCAAUGAUUUCCCUUCCUUCGGUGGCUUCUUCCCCGAGGACGUGACAGGCUUGAUGCAGAUGAUCCCUCAAAAGGUGAACCCAACCUCGCUUGUUGUCUGCUCCUUCGAUCCCCGCUUAGAAGGUGGCGAUACAGUUGCCAAACUGGCUUGUCAGGCAAUUCUCCAAUUGAUCGGCGCAUUGAAGGAGCGCGGUACACUUGUUGCAAAGAGUGGAUAA